CUCCUCCACCGCCGCCAUGUCUGCCGCCUACAGAGGCCUCAUCGCCACUUCCGCCUCCUCUCUUCCGACCGUCGGCUAUCGUUUCCGCUCUACCGGAGCUUCAGCUCGGAGCCCCUCGGUGGCCCUGGCGAUUAUGAGCAUGGGGGCGGCGGCCGAGUCAUCGAGGCGAAGGUCGGGCUACGACAGUUGGAUGGGCGAUCGGUGUUUUUUUUUUUUAAUCUGUCUCCGCUGGGAUGGUCAAGAUUCAAUUACAGGGGAAUUGGGCCAAAAAAUUUCGUAAUUUUCUAUUGGUUAGUCAUAAGCUCUAUCUGUUGUUUGAAUCGUCUGGUGGACCCCGCAUCGAGGUUGUUAUAUUGGAAGAGGGAUUCGCGGGAAGGAAUCGGGUGAACCGUUCCUGAGAAGACGUAGAUUUCGUCUGUCGGAGUUCGCCUUUGCAAUGCAAAGAUGAGCGGGGAUAGCAACAAUAUGACUGGUUUGGAGGAUAUCCUAAUGGAGUCGGUCGAUUUGGUACAAAUUCCUAUUGAGGAGGUGUUUCAGCAUCUUAAAUGUACCAAAGAAGGCCUAUCCUCCCAGGAAGGAGCCAACCGGAUCCAAUUCUUUGGGAAAAACAAGCUCGAGGAGAAAAAGGAAUCUAAAUUGUUCAAAUUUUUGGGGUUUAUGUGGAAUCCCCUCUCAUGGGUCAUGGAAUCAGCUGCACUAGCAGCCAUUGUAUUGGCAAAUGGCUCUGGGAGACCUCCUGAUUGGCAGGACUUCAUUGGAAUCAUUAUUCUGCUCCUGAUCAACUCCACCAUUAGUUUCAUUGAAGAAAACAAUGCUGGCAAUGCAGCUGCUGCUCUCAUGGCUAAUCUCGCUCCAAAAACUAAGGUGCUUAGGGAUGGCCAGUGGAGUGAGGAUGAUGCAGCGAUUCUCGUUCCUGGAGAUAUCAUCAGUAUCAAACUUGGAGAUAUCAUUCCUGCUGAUGCGCGCCUCCUUGAGGGUGACCCACUAAAGAUUGAUCAAUCUGCACUCACUGGAGAAUGCCUUCCUGUGACGAAGAAUCCUGGGGAUUUAAUCUAUUCUGGCUCCACCUGCAAGCAGGGUGAAAUUGAGGCAGUCGUCAUUGCCACUGGUCUCCACACCUUCUUUGGCAGGUCUGCGCAUCUAGUGGAUAGCACCAACCAAGAAGGCCAUUUUCAGAAGGUCCUCAGGUCCAUUGGAAAUUUCUGCAUCAUCUCCAUUGCAAUUGGAAUUGUUAGUGAGGCGAUUGUCAUGUAUGCUGUGCAACACCGGAAGUACAGGGAUGGAAUAGACAAUAUCUUGGUCCUGCUGAUUGGUGGCAUACCCAUAGCCAUGCCCACCGUUUUGUCUGUGACCAUGGCAAUUGGAUCUCACAGGCUCUCCCAGCAAGGGGCCAUCACCAAAAGGAUGACUGCAAUUGAGGAAAUGGCGGGUAUGGACGUGCUCUGCAGUGAUAAAACUGGGACACUGACCCUCAACAAGCUAAGCAUUGACAAAAACCUGAUCGAGGUGUUUGCUAAAGGUGCUGAUAAGGAGCAUGUGAUUUUAUUAGCAGCAAGAGCAUCAAGGACAGAAAACCAGGAUGCGAUUGAUGCUGCAAUAAUUGGGAUGCUUGCUGACCCAAAGGAGGCAAGAGCUGGUAUUACGGAAGUACAUUUUCUUCCCUUCAAUCCUGUUGACAAGCGAACUGCACUCACCUACAUUGAUGCUGAUGGAAGCUGGCAUCGAGCAAGUAAAGGAGCUCCAGAGCAAAUAUUAGACCUUUGCAACUGCAAGGAAGAUGUUAGGAAGAAGGUUCACACGGUGAUUGCUAAAUAUGCACAGCGUGGACUUCGUUCAUUGGCUGUUGCACGACAGGGAGUUCCUGAGAGGACCAAAGAGAGUGCAGGGUCACCGUGGCAAUUGGUUGGUCUUUUGGCCCUCUUUGAUCCACCAAGGCUUGACAGUGCAGAGACCAUUCGAAGGGCCCUAAAUUUGGGUGUGAAUGUGAAGAUGAUCACUGGAGACCAACUUGCUAUUGCGAAGGAAACAGGUAGAAGGCUGGGAAUGGGAACAAACAUGUAUCCUUCAUCUUCAUUGCUUGGUCAAGUGAAAGAUGAGGAUAUUGCUGGACUUCCAGUAGAUGAACUCAUUGAGAAGGCUGAUGGGUUUGCAGGAGUUUUUCCAGAGCACAAAUUUGAAAUCGUGAAGAAGUUGAAGGAGAGGAAGCAUAUAUGUGGAAUGACAGGUGAUGGAGUGAAUGAUGCCCCAGCUUUGAAGGUUGCUGAUAUUGGAAUUGCUGUUGCGGGUGCCACUGAUGCUGCUAGAAGUGCUUCAGACAUUGUCCUCACUGAACCUGGGCUAAGUGUCAUCAUCAGUGCUGUUCUUACAAGUCGAGCAAUUUUCCAGAGGAUGAAGAACUACACGAUAUAUGCAGUAUCCAUUACCAUACGCAUGGUGGUUGGAUUUAUGCUUAUUUCUCUGAUAUGGAAGUUUGAUUUUUCACCUUUCAUGGUUUUGAUCAUUGCCAUCCUAAAUGAUGGUACCAUAAUGACCAUCUCAAAGGAUCGAGUUAAACCAUCUCCAAUGCCAGAUAGUUGGAAUCUGGGAGAAAUUUUCACUACUGGUUCGGUUUCAGGCUGGUAUCUUUCAGGGACGUCUGUGUUUUUCUUCUGGCUCAUGCACAGUACAGACUUCUUUUCUAGUAUAUUCAAAGUAAUAUCUCUUCGUCACAAUCACAAUGGAAAGAUGUCUGCAUUGUACCUGCAGCUGAGCAUUGUGAGCCAAGGCCUCAUAUUCGUCACCCGAUCUCAAAGUUGGUCAUUUACGGAACGACCAGGAUUUCUCUUAGUUUGUGCUUUUGUGCUUGCUCAGCUGGUUGCAACACUCAUUGCUGUCUACGCGAACUGGAGUUUUGCACAGAUAAAGGGUAUUGGUUGGGGCUGGGCUGGAGUUAUCUGGCUGUACAGUGUUAUCACCUAUAUUCCCCUUGAUUUCUUAAAAUUCAUGGUCCGCUACAUUCUCAAGGGAAGGGCUUGGGAUUAUGUCUUGGAAAAGAAGGCUGCCUUCACGACCAAGAAUAGUUAUGGAAUACCAGAGAGAGAAGGCCAAUGGGCCACAUUGCAAAGGACUCAACAUGGACUUCAAGCCCCAGAAACGAGCACCCUUUUCUCCGACAGGAAUAGCUACCGGGAACUUUCAGAGAUUGCUGAUCAAGCUAGGAGACGUGCCGAGGUUGCAAGGCUGAGGGAGCUCCACACACUUAAGGGCCAUGUGGAAUCAGUGGCCAAGAUGAAAGGGCUUGAUAUUGACACCAUCCAACAGAACUACACAGUAUGAUGACAUACAAAGGAAUGCUUGACAAAGGAUGGGGCAUUCUUAUGCUCUGUUAUUUGUUUUCCUUGGAUCCAAGUAGUUACGUCGAUGGCUCCUCUAUGCUCCAUGAUCAUAGAUUAGCAGCACUAACCUAUGGUACUUCAUGACUGUUAUUUGGGAUUAAUCAACUAAUUUUGCAUAUUAUGUUAUUAGAGCUGAAAUCCACUUGUUCUUAUCAAGUCCAUGUAGGCGUCUGUGAUCGUUAAUGAAUCUUCAUUGGCACAUUUGACUUGUAUGUCAAACUAAAAUAGCAUGAAAAAUUUUGUUUCA